AUGUAUCCUCCUCACAUCAAUACUGACGCCAUGUAUCCUCCUCAAAACAAUACUGACGCCAUGUAUCUUCCUCACAUCAAAACUGACGCCAUGCUUCCUCCUCACAUCAAUAAUGACACAAUGCAUCUUCCUCACAUCAAUACUGACACCAUGUAUCUUCCUUACAUCAAUAAUGACAUCAUGUAUCUUCCUCACAUCAAUACUGACGCCAUGCUUCCUCCUCACAUCAAUACUGACGCCAUGCUUCCUCCUCACAUCAAUACUGACGCCAUGUAUCUUCCUCACAUCAAUACUGACGCCAUGCUUCCUCCUCAGAUCAAUACUGACGCCAUGUAUCUUCCUCACAUCAAUACUGACGCCAUGCUUCCUCCUCACAUCAAUACUGACGCCAUGUAUCUUCCACACAUCAAUACUAAUGCCAUGUAUCCUCCUUACAUCAAUACUGACGCCAUGUAUCCUCCUCCACACAUAAGCUUUUGA